UGGAUUGCCGCGAUUGUCUUCCUUUUUUUCGAUUCCAUUCAUUGCUUCAGUGUGAACCGUAAGCAUACGGAGACGGAUUCGUAGCAGCAGUUCAGAAAGACACCAAUAGAACAGCUCAUGGCAAGCAAACAGAGGCCUGCUGGUGUUGGUAUUGGUUAUUUCAUUGCACCAAAGACGUCUGGAAAGAGAGGCAUGGAAAGACGAGCAACGCACCUCGCACCGAAAGGAGAAUUCGAUUGAGAAGAUACACUACAAAAGACAUAACACAAAGGCGGUGGAAACUUCUUCUUAGCUGACCUGCUAGUGGUGUUAUUGCUUGUACAUUGGCUAUUUGCGCUGAACAUUUUCUUGCCUCACUCGAGAGCUCAGUAUGCUGUAUUAAUUGUAGUCGUCGUUGUUGUUUCAACCUUUUUUUUGUCCCUGCCUUCUAUUCAUACAUCGGUUGGGUCAUUGUGUGCGUGGUUGUGUUUGUUUUUCUGUUCGGAACAGCGAAUAGGUCGUUUUUUUAUUUGUUGCCUCGUUAGCAGCAGUACCACUAAAGGCGAAAAUGUUUUAAUGAAUGUUCGCUCAUAUUGGUCGCUGGAAUGAAGGAGAGACGGCGAUGAACGAACGCGAUUCUACCAAACUCUGCCGCUUGUGUCUGGGCAAAGACGUAACACUAUCCAGAUCACUUGAAGAUGGUAGUGGAGCGGACAAUGCACUGGUGCGGCAAAUAUACGAAUGUACCACCGUGAAGAUCACGCUAAAAACUAGAUAUCCAGCUUCCAUUUGUGCAAUAUGCGACGCUAAACUAACCGAGUACAGUAAAUUUCGUGAAAAGUGUAUCGAAAAUGAUGCCCUACUGCGAACACUUCUCGACGGUGGCGACGCCGAAGUAAUGAAACCUCCCUCGGAACCGGGAGAGGAGGGCCUUGAACUGGCAAACUCGGUGGACAUUAAAGAGCUUCAAAUGCAGCUUUACGGUUCGUCUGACGAAGCAACCCCCAGUCAAAGUGAAACUGCCGAACCGGAUGAACGGCCCACCAACGAUGUGGGUUCUUCGACUGAUGUGGCGCCGGCGAUUACACCCCUACCUAAAAUCACCAACAUUACCUCGAAUAGUUUCGCAGAAAAAGUUGCGGCAGCAGCGGCGAAAGAACCUCCGGCAGUGAAGAACUCAGCAACAGCGAAUAAGCAACCCGUGUCGGCAUCACCAUCAUCAUCAUCGGCACAGACCACGGUCAGAACUCCUACUAUUAGCGUGAAACCUAUAUCCAGUUUGGCCUCUCCUGCACUAUCAUCAUCGUCGUCAACAUCAACAAUAACAGACGUGGCGAGGCAAACAAUCGAGGAGUUAGUGGCAUUCGCAACAGGGAAGGAAGUAGAAAAGCCUGUUCCGGCCAAUAUUAGUGCGGAUGGACGUCUUGAGUGUGUCAUUUGUUGUCGUCCUUUUCGUAAUACUUACACACUGAAACGUCACAUGAAUUUGCACACCGAAGAGAACCUUUAUACCUGUGAGUACUGCGCCAAGAAAUUCAACGAUCGUUCUAAUUGGAAGAUUCAUCUUCGUGCUCACACCGGUGACAAUCUGCUCCGGUGUGCGGUUUGCUUCAAAACGUUCAUCUCUCCAUCGACGCUAAAGUAUCAUCUUCGUGCACACCGAAAGUUACGAGUGUAUGAAUGUCGUCUAUGCGUUGAGUCUUGCGAAACCUACGAAGAUUUGGCUAACCACGUGGUCACAAAGCACGGUGACAUUCGCCCGGAAGAUCUUGCCAGAACAGCCGAUGAUGCGUUGCUGGCUGGUGACUUUUUGAAAAUCGAAAUGGACCAAGACGAUAGCAUGCUACCGUCCGGAUUAACCGAUGAUACCGAUGCUGCCGUGGCACAGGCACCAACUUCCGACGAAGAGCAGAGAACGUCAUUGGAUAUUCAGAUAAAGGAAGAGAUUCCAGACGUCGAUGAGAUUGAAAUCAAACAGGAACCGGUGGAUGAUGAUACCUUGGAACCGGAUCCCGACGGGGAGAAACGAGCGCAGAAACAAUUGUCGGGGAUGGUUCCGGCGGCACCGCAGGAAGCGGCCCCGGUUAUACUGUUCCGUUGCGAUUACUGCAUGAAAAUCUUCAAAUACCUGUACGAGUUGCGCGUGCACAUGAAGCUACACAACGGCUCCAAACAGGCAGCGAACAAGGAAUCCGAAGCUAGUUCCACCGGUUCUGAUAGAAAAGGAAAGAAGCGUUCCUUACCGAUAAUCAUACGACCGCAGUCUCCUCUGCCGAAAAAAAUUCGCCAUCCGUCAAUCGAUGAAGACGUGGGUGAGUUGGCCAAUGCCCCCUUACCGGAGCACAAAUGCGACAAAUGUGACAAGUGCUUCCGCACCGAGGAACUGCUCAAGGUGCACGUCGAGACGCACAAGUCGGAUGAGGACGUGACGCAAGCACGAAGCUGUAAGGUAUGCUUCAAAACUUUCAAGUGCGAGUUGAAUCUAGUAUCACACAUGCAAAAGCAUCACCCAUACGAGACGUUUGUAACCGAGCAGCAGCAAUUGGGGAUCGAUAAACCGCAAUCACCGGACAGUAGCAGCAACGAUGGCAAUCAGUCACAGGGCGAGUCGCCUGAAUCCUCCGGAACAGGGGAUGGGUCAACCGAGCGCAAGUGCGAGAUUUGUGCGCUCAGCUUCCAGUGUGCCUUCAAGUUGGAGCGGCACGUACUGACCCACUUCCAAAAUAACGAAGCAGUCGCGUUCGUGCCAUCGGCCGAUCGGCCCUACAAGUGUACCGAGUGCCAUAAAAGGUUCAAACGAAAGGACUACCUGUUGAUUCACAUCCGUACGCAUACUGGCGAACGGCGGCACAAAUGCGACAUGUGCUCCAGUGCAUUUGUCCAUCCGUCGAACCUGAUAACGCACCGCAAGUUGCACUCCAAUGAGCGACCGUUCAAGUGUGACCUCUGUCCGGCGGCCUUCAAGCUAUUUGCCGGGUUGAAGAUCCACCGAAAACGCUGCGCGCUCAAGUAUCUACAGGAAAACUGCGUCACGAUAACGUAAGGUUAGCCCGGAGGGGUGUAUCUAGAAUUGUAAGAGUAUAUGUUUAAUUGGUGAACCCACUACUUCCCAAAACUGUAUUGGCUAGUUGAUCGUUUAUAUAAGUAAGUGACUUUAGUUUUCAAUCAGUACAGUAAGUCGUAUUAAUGAUUAUCUUUAUGUUUAGUUUGUAAGUCCAAAAAUAUUACAGGACGCAAAUUUUUAGUACCAAGCUAUUUGUCUCGCAGCGAUUAACAGUUUUUCCCUUUAGAUAUGAUAGCAAUACAGCUUAAGUUAACAAUUUUCGCUGCUUCUAGCAUUACGGAAGAGAUUUGUUUGUAUGGUCUGCAUGAUUGUUUUACUGCUGAUUGAAGGUUACAUGAGAAACAUAUACAAAUGUAUAACAGCAACCAGUAAUUGACUCAUUGGCGAGCAGCUAUCCUGCGAACCAUUCGAUACAUUUUAUUUUACUAAACAGUUUGGGAAUCCAAUAAAGUUUAAACUAUUUUAACAAAUUUGAA